GGCGUUGCUGCUCUCUCUCUCUCUCUCUCUCUCUCUCUCUCUCUCUCUCUCUCUCUCUCUCUCUCUCUCUCUCUCUCUCACACACACACACUUCUUCCUCCGGCAGCUUCCGUCGUUUAUCGCGUUCAUCACGAGGCUGAACUGUCAGUAAGAGCAGCAGCGCGAAGUUUGCGCGGGCGGAGCGGCGAUGCUGCUUCAGGAUGGCCGUGUUUGAGCUCUGCUGCUCGGCGUCGCUGGGGGGCUGGACCGGGCCCCCGCCUGAGGAGUGUGGAGCGACACCGGGGAGCGGUGGGGUGUAGUGCGGCGGUGUGAGCGAGCCGUGUUUGGGAGCGUGCUGCUGAAGAAAGGCGUCUGUUUUUGGACCUCACAGCAAUGGAGAGCCCGUCUUCGUUUGGCAGGCGGCAGGCGUGGGCGCACAGCAGCCGCCGCUGGCUCCCUCUGUCGGACACAGAGCCACCCGGCACCAAGCCCUCGUAUACCUCUCCGCCCCGGCCCCUCUCCCUGCAGGACGAGGUCUUCAUAGAGGGAUGCACUACAGGAAAGAUUGAAACCUGGCUCCAAGGCUGCGGAAAUGAAGCCAAUCCUGAGAACCACAGUCAACUCACUGUGGAAUCUUUGCUGAAGAAUGUGGGCAGUUUUGAGGAUGACCUGAGUCUCGGGGCUGAAGCCACUGCACUAGGUGAUGGAUCACUUACUGAAGAGUUUGGGCACUGCCCAUUGCUCCUGCCUCCUCCUAAAUCACGGAAAGACUUCAACACAAGCACUCCCCAACAGAAGCUUAGCCUGCCUUUGUAUAACAUGGGACACAGUAUGGCUUCCAGUGCCUUCUCAUCCGCCACCAGUAAGACGGCUUCCAGUGUGUCUGACGUGCUACAGAUGUGUGCUGAGGAUGCUGAGGAGACUCUGUAUCAGUUGGGGUUUGGUUGUGAGGAGCCGCAGGUCACUGCUCGUAUCCCCGCCCGCUUCUUCACUUUCCAGUCCCAGCUCAAAGGCAUCAACUUCCGCCUGUUCCUGGAGUCUCAGCUCCGCCGUAUCCGGGAGGAGGACCCCAGCCUUUCACUUGCUAGUCGUUUUCGUCAGGUGGAGGUGUUGACAGCUAUGGCCAAUGCCUUCUACUCUCUCUACUCCCAUGUGUCACGUACACCACUUCAGAAGUUGGCUCCACCUGAAUUCAGCUUCUCCUCGCCCACUGUGGAGCGCAACAUUGGCCAACGCUUCUUUGGCAGCAUCCGCAGUGAGCCACGAUCUCCUGUGGAGCGACUUAAAGACACAGUCUCAAAGAUGUGCUUGUACACAGGCUCCCGUGGCUCUGACUCCACCUCUCCGAACAAUUCCCCUCGCAAGAGGAACAGCCUGCCAGACGUGGUCGGAAUGGUCCUGGAGAAUGCAAAACAUGAAGAAGGUCUUGACCAGGGCAGAGGAGCAUGGCUCCAGGAUGUGGCUCAGAAGACACAGGGCAAAACAGUAACACAGACUGCAGAAGUGAAGACUGCUGAGAAAGUGACCAAUCCACACAAGGAAAGAAUCCAACGCUGGUCACAGUCAGGGCAGCGGGAUGGUCCUAGAGCAAAGGCCUGCUUGUUUAAACCUAAGCAAGACUCGAAAAAUGAAACAGUCGUGGAUGAAAGUUCCACAUUUUCCUCUUCACAUUCUGCCACCGUGAACAAUCCUGCCAAUACCAAGCCAACAGUUGCUAUUAUUACAUAUGAUGCCGUUUGCCCUCAAGUAGUGGAGUCUGUCCAUCAGGCACCGUAUCGUCGUCCACAAACAGACAUUACAGCAGCCGUGGGCUCAUCACCUGUUAUUAAAUUUCACAGUGCAUCUUUAUCUCAUAGACUUGAACCACUUGAACCAAAAGACCACAUGCCAAGUAUCAAAGACACAGAAACACAGUUGGGCUUGUCAGCUGCAGAGAGCGAUAGACAUCUGUUAGAAACACCUCAAGAUUUUUCUCAUGAUAACCCUGCGACCCCCUACCACCCUAGGGUCUCACAAAGGUCACCAUGCAGGAUCACGGUCACUGGAUGGGAUGGUGACACCACCACCAUUCCCCAAAGAGACUCAUCUGAGGACCCAACAUCUUUCAUGUAUUCUGGGAACACCACCCACCCGUAUUUAUCUUCAUUGCACAACCAGAGGUACCUGAGCCGCAUCAAGUCUUCAGACAGCCAGAUCAAGCAGGCCAACUCUUUUGAAAUGGAGGAGGUGCAGAGUGCGGGGGAGGAAGAGAACAUAUCAGCAGAGCAGUGCGGUGCACACACACUAUCUGUUGCAGCAGCAAGUCCACAGAAAAGUUCACCUUUGAGGGGGGAUAGUUUUCAGUCCGACAGCAGCGGCUAUGCUGAAGAGGACAUGCAGCAGCACUCUCUCGCUACCCAUAACAGAGAGAUCAGCUGAGGACAAAAAAAAAAAACACCCACUGUCACACUUCCGUGAGAAUCCCUGCUUAUCUGCUCAUCUGGGGUUUAGCUUCUCUAAAGAGAGCAAGCUUUCUCAUAUGACAGAAAGAAAGGUCAACACAGUGGCAGUGCCAUUUAAAGUUACUUCUACUCAAGGUCAUUUGUCUUCUUGUGGGGUGAAAAGGCUGAACUGUAAUCAACAUAAUCAGGUUCUGGAAGUCGCUGUGUAUCCUGAUUCCUGUCCCUUUGUUAGCCUCUCUCCUAUCUCUUGGUCCUGGGCUACUGGAAUGUAUUGUAAUAACUCGGUGUUGUACUGUAUGACUGCCUUAAACCUUGUGCUAAGGGCCCUGCCUCUUUUUAUGCAUGUUUGAUUUCCUGGAUGUGUUUCCAAUAUUUAUUCCUGGUUCAUUAUUUAUUUGCAUAGCAGUGCUACAAUCAAUUGUCAAUCUUUACCAUGUUGCUGUGUUUUUCAGAUAAUAGCAUAGCAGAACACACAGUGGUAUUUGAAACUUCAAUAUUUCUGCAUACAUUUGACCUAAACGUCCUCUGAGGUUCUAAAAAUAUUUAAGCAGAACCAACCUUUUAGACUUGGUCAUUUAUUGUUUUGAGGAAUAUGAUCCAAUAUCACAUACCUGUCAGUGGCAAAUAUAGAUAAACCUUUAGGAUUAGCAGGUCAUUUCAGGGUGAGAUUUAGAGCCAUUUUAUUUUCAAUCAAUGGGAAAAUAAUUAGUUGCGAGUGUUUUAUUGACCUUUACAGCACAUUAUUGUAGAAGUGCAUCAUGACGUAAACAAAGAAGAAUUUCUGCGGAUUUGUGAAAAAGAGUUGUUGAUGGUCGUCAGACUGGAAAAGGUUGCAAAACUUUUAAAAAAAUCUCUAAAGAAUUAAGACUCCAAUCCACACUUAGAAAAAUUGGGUACAAAUGGAUGAAAUUCAUUACCAUAAUUGACCUCCCCAGCAGUGAUCCACCAAGAAAAAUCAUGCCAAGAGCAAGGUGUAUAAUUCAGUUGCAAAACAGUGUGUGAACCCUUUGGGAUUACUUGGAUUUCUGCAUAAAUUGGUCAUUAAAUUUGUUCUGAUCUUCAUCUAAAUCACAACAAUAGACAAACACAGUCUGCUUGAACUAAUACCACACAAAAAUGUAAUUGCAUGGUUUAAUUAAAGAUCAGAACACAUUUAAUGUUCAAUUUAUGCAGAAAUCCAAGGAAUCCUAAAGGGUUGACAUACUUUUUCUUGCAACUGUAGUUUACAAGGUCACAAACAAAUUCAGGUAACCUCUAAGCAACUUAAGGCUCUUCUUACAUUGGCUGAUGUAAAGUUUUUUUAAAGUAAAUAACAAUGAAUAAAAAUGAUCUAAACUGAAGAGCAAGACGACUCAACCAUUACUGGAAACAUUUGCUAUUUUGGCAGAUGCCAGAAAGCACAGAUUCAAAUAUUUUUAAACUCACCAAUAUGCAAUAUUGGAACAUUAUCCUCAAUAAAUAAAUAAAUGAGAUGAACUAAUAUUUUUUUAAAUAUCUUUUUGAUUUGUUCGCCUUAUCUACUUUUAGUUUUAGGUCAAAUUCAUGCCGAAAAUUUUAAAUAAUUCUAGGGUUCAGACUUUAAAGCACAACUGUACAUAUUGUAAUAUUUAACACCUAAACACGGUUGUUGUAGGUGUUGUUAUAUACUGAACAGAAGCAAAAUGUUUCUUCACACAGAAUUAAACGUGCCAAAGAAUGCAUUAAUUGAGUAUUUUAAAUCAUCGUUUGCCUCAGAUUAAAACAUGCUGUUUUUUCAUUUUA